UUGACAUGAGUAUUGUCGCUGGCGACAGUAAGAUUCUGUGUUGUUACGUAACUGUCACGAUAAUUGUAGGGCAUAUUGUAGCAUGAUGUAAACAAGCAAAGAACAACAGUUCUUAAUGUCUAACGAACGCGCCGAACGACGAGGGUAUAAUGACAGCAUGUGUUUGUGUUCUGAGGCAUUUGACUGUGAUGCCAUGUCGGAAGAGCCUUUUAUCAAGCAUGGUGAAAUCAGUUCCAGUCAGACACGUUUGGAGGGAUGCCAUCCAGACACUGAAUACACUCCAGUCAAAUGCCGAGACACUGGCUAAAAUUGCCACCACUCGAGAUUCCCGUCGCCAUCUUAACAUACCGCACAUGAUAAACUACUUGAAACGAUGUGAUAUAGAGGUUCCAGACCUUGAUAAACUGCAGGUCAUUCACAUCAGUGGGACAAAAGGCAAAGGAUCAACCAGUGCAUUCUGUGAGAGCAUUCUUCGUCACCAUGGUUACAAGACAGGCAUGUUCAGCUCUCCCCAUCUGGUGACUGUGAACGAGCGGUUCCGUCUCAAUGGGAGGCCUGUUGCUAAGGACUUGUUCAGCCAGUACUUCUGGGAAGUCUACAAUAAGCUGGAUACCACCAAGCAUCAAGUUGAAGGCGAUCCUGAUGCUCGUCAAAUGCCAGCGUACUUCUCGUUCCUUACCGUCAUGGCAUGCCACAUGUUCCUGAAGGAAAACGUUGAUGUGGCCAUUUUUGAAGUGGGCAUAGGUGGAGAAUAUGAUUCUACCAAUUUCCUCCAGUCGCCAGUUGUGUGUGGAGUUACCUCCCUUGGAUUAGAUCACACAUCAGUCCUUGGAGACACGAUAGACAAGAUUGCUUGGCAGAAAGCAGGGAUUUUCAAAGUAAUAAUGAAUGGAUCCAUGAGUGUGCUUCUCAACAGAACAAAGGAGAAAGGGGCUAGUCUGUACGUGACGCCUUCCCUGGACUCUUACAACAAUGGGGAGCCAGUCCACCUGGGUAUUGCUGGCAACAUGCAGCGGUACAACGCCACCCUCGCGCUGCAGCUGUGUAGAAUAUGGCUGGACAACCACAGAAAAGAUUUAUCAAAGAGAAAGUGGAUUUGUGAUCAAUCAGACUUGCACGAGUGGGAGAAGAUUCCAAGCUUGGAAAGCACUGUUCUCACAGAAGAGAUGAGGAAUGAAUCGUCAGGUGUUUGGUGCCUAACUGAGUUAAAUUUUUCUCACAGAGGGCGAGUUUGUCGUAUCUUAGUCUUCAACGCAACCCGAGAUCGCAACUCCACAGCAUUGCUUUCAAUAUUAAAGCCUUUGAAUUUUGAUGCUGCAGUGUUUUGUCCUAACCUAGCGUUCACAGGAAACGUGAGUAACACACCAGACCAAAUAAACAGAACAGUCACCAAAGAAAAACAGCUCAGCUUCUCGCAGGUCAAUAAAACAAUCUGGGACCAGAUCAAUGCUUACAGAGAUGACACACCACAGCCAUCCAACUCCACCAGCGACAAGCCCAACUUCAUAGACUCUUCAGUACAAAAUGGGGCGUUGAAUACGAACCAGUUUGAUCUCAACCGUAACAACUGCAACUCAAAUGACAUCCCCUCGAGGGAAGUGCGGAGUCACACGCCUUCCCUUGUAUCCUCCAGGCGUUGUAUUGGGCAGGUCAAGGUCGCGACACCAAGGUCAAGCUGCCCGCUGAUGCUGACAUUCCCGAUUUCGGACAAACUGCAAGACAGCACUCACAUACAGAUUCUGGUCACGGGAAGCCUGCACUUAGUAGGGGGCGCUCUGGGACUGUUAAACCCAGAUCUGUGGUGAUGC